AUGGAGAGCGACAUGGUGUCGACAUUCGCCGCUCCUCGAACCCCAACGCCCGCCAUGUCUGCCCUCGCGCGAACGAUUGCGACUGCAUCCAAGGUGCUCGCCCCAGCCCUGCGCCCGUCCGCGGCGAGCACGCUUGCGCCCCGAUACCGCGCAUACUCGACCAACGAGCCCGCUCCACGCUCAACAGCCGAAGAUGCGCCCGCCGUCAAGCUCACGAGUGCUUCGACCCAGAUCCGCCAGGAAGGUGCUGCCGAGGGCAUGAGGCAUCAGCCCGACUACAACGUGGCCCUCGACUACCGGACUUCCAACUUCUCGCCGAUUCCCAAGCGCGUCAUGGACGGCAGCGAGCCUGGCGAGAGUGUGGCCGCAGCCGUUCUUUCAGGUGCCCCCGUCGAUCUCCAGGCCCGGACUGUGCGCAUCUACAAGCCCGCAAAGACGGCCACCCAGUCUGGCAACUGGAACUCUUCACACUGGCUGAUGGAUUGGGACGUUUUGCCCAAGGGUCACAGGUGGGAGAACCCGCUCAUGGGCUGGGCAUCCUCGGCCGACUUCAUGAACGGCCAUCGCAUCCAGUUCAAGACCAAGGAGGAUGCCAUCAAGUUCGCCAACAAGCAGGGAUACGAGUAUUUUGUGCAGGAGCCCAACAAGCGCAAGUUUGUUCCCAAGGCCUAUGCCAAUCUCUUUACCCACGUCCCUGGCAAGCUGAAGGUCGUCUUGACAAAAUAGACCACAGAGACGUCUGUAUAUACUGGGCUGAAGUCACCUUUCUUUGAAAUUACCAUGCAUUCUUU